UAAAGCUAGUUUUAGGGUGAAGAACGGACCCCCCAACUCUACCUCACUGUCCAGUCGACUGACAGUAGAUGAAAGAAGAACGAACGAACUAACCAACGGACCUACCAUGGCAAAAGCAAAGGCGCACCACCGAUAAAGCAAUUAGUGUGGGUUUUCAUUCCUUCGUAACCCUUUCCCUCUCCUUUUCUCUCUCCCUUCCCUUCAAUAUCUCUCGCCUUCCUCAAACUCCGUCCCUCUCCCAAUGCAAUAUUCUCGACCAUCCAAACAUAUUCUUGAAUCAUCAAUAUUCAAUCAGUAUGUAUAAUCCAAUCUUGGAAUCUUAAUUUGCUCUGUUUUGGUGAUUCUACAGAAGAAAUAUUUGUCAUUCGAUUUCAUAUCCAUUUAUUUCCAUCAUGUCCUCCACUGUGAUAUCCAAUCCGGUAACUAACUCUGAACGCUCCAAAAGGAAAAAGAAGAAGAAAUUUUCCCAAUCCAAACACCAAAACAACAACAUACUUAGAUGGAAGUCUGAGGCUCAGCAACAAAUCUACUCUUCUAAACUUAUUCUAGCUUUAAACCAACUCACCAUCACCAACAUCUCCUCCACAUCUGCCUCUGGAAGAGGACGAGCCGUUCGUGAAGCCGCUAACCGCGCCUUGGCCGUCGCUGCCAAAGGAACCACCCGCUGGAGCCGAGCCAUUUUGACUAAUAGACUCAAGCUCAAGUUUAGAAAGCAGAAGUCGCACAGAGUGCUGUCACCGUCUUCGUCGUCCGUCGUGGCAACCGGAAGUAGCCGGUCAAAGAAGACGAGAUUUAGCGUUUUGAAGUUGAAAAGGAGUUUGCCGACUGUGCAGAGGAAAGUUCGCGUUCUUGGCCGGUUGGUUCCCGGUUGCCGGAAACAACCUUUGCCGGUUAUUCUAGAUGAAGCUUCUGACUAUACAGCCGCGCUUGAGAUGCAAGUAAGAGCCAUGACGGCUAUUGCUGAGCUACUCUCUGGUGGUGGCGGCUCUACUUCAAGCUCUCCUUCAACCUCUUGAUGGUGACAUUCAGUCUUGUUAAUUUUGACGCGUAUUUUCCUUUAUCUCUGUGUUAUCACUUUCUCCUUCGCUAAGUAAUCUCCUCUCCUCUCCUCUCCGGUUGAAUACAUAUUUUCUUUCCCCUUUUUUUUCUCUCUGUUUCCAAUUCAUAUUAACAACAAUUGACUGCUUAAUUGUUGGUUGUAUGGUUUUGCUGCUUAAUGAUUAAAAAUUAUACAUAUUCCAGGUUUUGUUAAGUGAUGCAAAUCCAUUCAAUUAGUGUUUCAUGAAGAGGGCAUUCAAACAUUCUACUAUUAAAUGUUAUUUAUUGGUGUUCAAGUAAAGCUGGACGCACAUGGAACCCCGUGACAUGAAAAUGACAAAAGGAUAUGGGCAGAUCGGGAGGUCAAUUAUUUGGUGGAUGUGAAGUGAAAUGUUAUCAGAGAGAAGGGAUGGGGGAAAAGAAAGAGAGAAGAGAGGGAGCAGAGGGAGAUGGAUUCGGUCAUAUCUGAGUUACCAAAAUGCCUUGAAUUGAAUAUCCAACCCCUCCACUGUCCAAAAGUUGGCGAAAUCGCCAAGAAUUUGUGAGGAAAGUGGGACAUAUUAUGUGGGUGGUUGUCCUCACUUGGACAAAACCCCUUUGAUUCAGUACAUGAUACACUACCCCUUAAAAUUAGUGAGCCGUUAAGAGUGCCCAGACAAAUCAAAGGCGGUUUCUCAAAGGUUUCAUCACCAUUCAUGAAUUGGAUUGAUGGAAAUUUGAACAAAAAUUAAAGUGGAAGUGCCUAUUUGCAUUCAUUAUGUUGGUGUGUUGUUGGGGCAUACAAGCAUCAGACCUGCACAUGCAACCAUGUGCGCAUAUUUAUGCCUCACCCUCUUUUUCAGCAGCAAAAACAGUAGACCACAGACCCACCCCUUUUUUUCAUCUUCUCCUUUUUCAAAUGAGUAAUCAGUAAAUAAAAAUUCUAUCCUUCUUUUCUUUA